GGGCUCUCUCACUCCCCCCUCCCUCUCUUAAAGAGGUGGAUUGGUUUGCUCUAAUGCCAGGAAGUGGAUACAGGCUUUCAGCGUCUGCUCACUGUCAGCGGAGGCUGCGUUCAUCCAUGCUGCUUCUCAAGUUUUCCGGCGUUUCUGACAAUCCUUCCGGAUCAAUUUUCUUUUCUUUUUUUUGCCCCUAAGCCAUACGGAUUUCUUUUGAGAUGUGUGCUGCUUGUUUUUCCUUUCCGACUCUGACAGAAGAGGAGAAUUGUUGCGCAAGUGUCUGCAGUUGAGCCUCUGGGAAUACAGGAGAAUACUGCUGAGCCAGGAGCUUAGCUCAGGUCUCCUCUGCUGCUGCUGCUGCCGCUUUGCUGCACUGCUGCUUCUUCUACUCCCUAUCAGCCGGUCACAGGGACGGGAUUGGCCUCUCCCGCGCCGUCCAUCCCGACUUUCCUUUUUGGCAGUGAGCGAUCAACCCCAGCCAACAUCAGACUCAGUUUUUCUUUGACCUUUUUCCCCCCCGCCAGGUCUCUAGCUAACCUCGUCUAAUUCUCCCCUUCCAUUUUCUGUCGUCCAUUUCUCAUCUGUUUCCAUCACCAAAACCCCGCACACCUCACGACCAAACGCCACCUUUUCACCUCCGUCUUGAGGGUCAUUAAGCCAAAGUCCAUGGGCCCCCCGGCCCUCUCACCUCCUCCAUGCCCUCUCCCAUGUCUGUGUUCCGAAGCUGUAUGCUGUGGUUCUACAAACGCAAGGCCCGAGAUGCAGACGAGCGGGAGAAGUGGAUCCACGCCUUAGAGGGAACCAUCCUCCGCCACACCCUCCAGCAGGAGGCCGACGCAGGAUUCGUACCGAGUGUUCAAGACUUCGACAAGAAGUUAGCUGAAGCUGACGCCUACCUUCAGAUCCUGAUUGACCAGUUAAAGCUGUUUGAUGAGAAGAUCAAGGACUGCAAAGACGAUGAAUCGCUCGCCAAAAUAGAAACUUUGAAAGAGACGACUUGUAGUAUGGUAGAGUCCAUUAAGCACUGCAUUGUACUGCUGCAAAUAGCCAAGGACCGAAGUAACGAACAGCAACACGCAAACGGACUUAUAAGCACCAUCAACCCAGUGGAUGGGAUCUACCAGCCCCCCCUGGAGAUUCCUGUAGUUAACACCACCAUGCCAACACAGGCCGCCCUCCCCACAGACGCUUCUCAGGUGUGUAAAUCCGACCAAAGGCCCUCCACGUUACCUGUUGGUCCUGUCGUCACGGUGAUGGGUAGUUUACAGACCUCCACUCCCAACAGCACAGGGAGCGGGCCGUCCGGCACCAGCAGCGGCGUUGCCUCCCCGGCUCACAUCCCUCUGCCCUCCCACUCCGUGCCAGACUUCUCCUACUCCUCCAGCGAGGACGAAUUUUAUGAUGCCGACGAGUUUUACCAGAGCAGCACUUCACCCAAACACUGCAGAGAUCCCUCCAAGCCUCCUGCAGCCUCUCCUGAUGCUAGCCAAGAAUCAACGUUGAAACGGCCAAACACGACCGAGUCCCUGAACUCAUCGAUGUCCAAUGGCACCACAGACGCAGAUCAGUUUGACAGCCAUGACGACCGCGAUGACGACGGCGAGGGCGAGUCUGUGGAAGAGCACAAGAGCGUCAUCAUGCAUCUGCUCUCACAAGUCCGGCUGGGCAUGGACCUCACAAAGGUGGUACUGCCGACCUUCAUCCUCGAGAGGAGAUCUCUCUUAGAAAUGUACGCAGACUUCUUUGCACACCCAGACUUAUUUGUAAGUAUCGCUGAGCAGCCGGAGCCGAGGGAGCGGAUGGUCCAGGUGGUCAAAUGGUACCUGUCGGCGUUCCACGCCGGCCGGAAAGGCUCGGUGGCCAAGAAACCUUACAACCCCAUUCUGGGGGAAGUCUUCUACUGCCACUGGGAUCUGCCCAGUGAGGCAGAAGAGCCCGCUCAACACGUGGAGACCGUAUCGGACGGUCCAGUUCCGUGGGCUUCCACCAACAGUGUGUGCUUUGUGGCUGAACAGGUCUCUCACCACCCACCCAUUUCUGCAUUCUACGCAGAGUGUUUAAACAGGAAGAUCCAGUUCAACGCUCACAUCUGGACCAAGUCGAAGUUUCUCGGCAUGUCAAUCGGAGUCCACAACAUUGGUCAAGGCUGUGUGUCAUGUUUGGAGCACGAUGAACAUUACAUUCUCACCUUCCCUAACGGAUACGGCAGGUCGAUUCUGACCGUGCCGUGGGUGGAGCUGGGCGGCGAGUGCAACAUCUCCUGCUCCAAGUCGGGCUACAGUGCGAACAUCGUCUUCCACACCAAACCCUUCUAUGGCGGGAAGAAGCACAGGAUCACAGCCGACAUAUUUGCACCAAACGACAAGAAGUCUUUCUGCUCCAUUGAGGGAGAAUGGAAUGGAGUGAUGUACGCCAAAUGGGCAACUGGAGAAAACACGUCGUUCAUAGACACAAAGAAGAUGGGAAUCGUUAAGAAGAAAGUAAGAAAGCUGGAGGACCAGCUGGAUUUCGAAUCCCGAAGACUAUGGAGGGAUGUGACGGUGAACCUGAAGCUGAAGGACAUCGAUGCAGCGACAGAAGCCAAACACAGACUGGAGGAGAAACAAAGAGCUGAAGCCAGAGAGAGGAAGGAGAAGGAGAAACAGUGGGAGACGAGGCUAUUCCAUGAAGACGGGGAGUGCUGGGUCUACGAUGAGCCACUUCUAAAGAGACUACCCACUCAGAGGCCCUGAGAAGACACACAUAUGCAUAAAGAAAUGCACACUCUAGAGUCUUCAUAAGAACUCUUUUGCAAACUCCCCCCUCCCUUCUUAUCCAAGCCCUGGAUUUACUGUCGAUUGGUCGUUUUUCCCUGCUUUGCUUUUGACUGUCAAACAAUACGGAAAUGAAUGAAAGCAUCAAAGAUGUAACAUAAAUAUUAGUAAAGCUCCUCUUCUUAUUUAAGCUGUCUUGUUGCCACCGUUCCUGGACAACCGGAUGAAAAAGAAUUUAAAAAUUGCAUCGACCCCCCCCUGCCCUCCCUCCAUGGAUUCGACUGUCCGCUUCACACCUUCAUAGAGCUUUUCUUUAGUUGUUCAGGAGGUCUGUGGUGUUUCAUCCAAACAAGAAAAAACAAAAAUCGAGCUCUACAUCUCAGGGAAUCUGGCGACUGAGGAAAGAAAGCUGCUGCUCCCUGCCAGAGUCUGAUGGCCUUACAAGGGGGGGGCAGGUGAAUCCUAAAGGGGGAAAGAAGUUCUUGCCUGCAGUGAGUUAUAACUGAUGUUUAUAUAUAAAUAUACAUAUGAUGGAAAUAUAAAUAUAUAUUCUUUUUUAUUUUCAAUGCUUUUUUUCCUUUCUUGCAAUAGUGUAAAAUACUCUUAAAGAUUUGAUGGCUUUUUGUCUUUAGGAAUCAUUCCAUUCAGCCUUUUUUUUAAGUUUUGUUCCCAUUUCAGACUGUUUUGUGUUCCAAAUGUUUUCCUGAUGGAAAGACCGACUUGAGCUUCAGCAUCAAAACUGAAAGGACGGAUUCAAGUUGUAACUCAGAUUAAUACCAAAAAAGGCUUAAAGUGAAGGGACUUUGAUCUAACGGCAUUUAUGAACAAAAUGAUUGUCUGAAUCCUGUUCUUGGAAGUCUCCCUUCUGUUUCCACAUCACCUUCAUUUUUCUUGUGUCACAGGAACUUUUGGCCACUGCGUUCUGCUGGUUCAGUCCGAUCACUAUUUUUUUCUUUUUAAUGGAAUGUUUUUGAAGUUAGGAAUCACGUAGGGUAGCGUUUUUCCUGCAGCUCUUUGCAUUAUUCCUUUUCUUAUACAAAGCCACAGUAUGGAUUGAAAUGCGAAUAAAUAUGAUGUAUGGAGAAAAAAAAAUAGAAAAGCAGCUCACCUGAAAAUGCUGACGCGAGUACGAAGUGAUCUCUUGUUUUUGUUUACAGUUUGGCCUUUAUGAAAAGGGGGGAUUGAAUCAGGUGAAGGGAUUUCUGCUGGUAUUGUAUGCAGUGAUCACAGCGAAGUGAAUUUACUUCAAUAAACACAUAAAAAUGCCUUCAGAAAUGAGCCAACUGAGAUACGUUCUCACAAAAAUCAAAGCUGUCAUUUUUUUUUCCAUUCAUGUUCUGUCUUUACGUUACAAUUUGAAUAGAGGCCUUGCCAUUCUUUUCAGUAUUGCCUAAUAGAGAGCAAUCAAAACAAAUGUAUUUUUUAAAUUUCCUUCUGGUUAUACGCAUUGAUUGUAUCAACUCUCCUGUUUAUUGAUGCAUAAUAUUAAAUCUCUAUGAGUUGAUUUCUGCAA